CGAUGGAGGCGGCGCCCGGGGAAAGGCAGCGGCGAUGGCGAGAUCCUCCGUGCGCGGCUUAGCUUGCCCGGGAAGCGGAGAGCAGCGGCGGCGGCGGCGGCGGCUUCCCCCCUCCGGCCCCGGCUGGCCGAGCUCGGAUGCGGCUCCGUCCGGCCGUCCCCGGAGCCUCCCGCCCCUCCGGCCGCCUCCAGCAUGAGCAGCGCCGGCGGCGGCCCCGGCAGCGGCGGCUCCGGCGAAGUGGUUUGCUCCGGCUGGCUCCGCAAAUCGCCCCCCGAGAAGAAGUUACGGAGAUACGCCUGGAAAAAACGAUGGUUUAUCCUUCGCAGUGGCCGGAUGAGCGGUGAUCCCGAUGUCUUGGAGUACUACAAAAACAAUCACUCCAAGAAGCCGCUGCGGGUGAUCAACCUCAACUUUUGCGAGCAGGUGGACGCCGGGCUGACCUUCAACAAGAAGGAGCUGCAGGACAGUUUCGUCUUUGACAUCAAAACCAGCGAGAGGACCUUCUACCUGGUGGCGGAAACGGAAGAAGAAAUGAACAAAUGGGUGCGGAACAUCUGUCAGAUCUGCGGCUUCAACCAGUCGGAAGAUCAUCCGGGUGAGUUCCACGCUUCACAUCGGGGGCGUCGAGAACUUUGGGCCCAGGAGAGCGGCGACAAAUGA